GCCUGGAGGCCGAGUUUGCGAGUGAAUUCAAAGCAAGUGAAUUUUAUAUUUAUAAUAAAAAUUUCGCAUUUAAGCCGUACCCCUCUGUCCCUCGGAGUCCCUGUGUGUGCAUAUUCUUCGCAUCUCUUUAAACAUUCUCAGAGAAUUCAAGUUCUCGUUUGAGCCUUUAAAAUCUUCAACCUUUUGGAAUUGGAGUCUCUCAGGUAGCGAGAGAGCAAGAGAAAGUGAUAGAAAUAGAGACAAUUCAGUUCUGGAGGCGUGAACGGUGGAUCUGGUUCUGGAAUUUCACCGGCGCGGAGGGCAGUUUUGGACAAUGAUUGGUUGAGAGAAAGUGGGUUUAGGUGAGAUUUUUAAUGUGAUAAUUUUGGUUCAGUUAAAUGAGUUUUUGAUGGUUUUGCUAGCUCUAAGACUCCAGAUUCAGUUUUGUGAAGACUGAGGAGUGUGAUAGUAAUAGGGGUGAACCAAUGAAAAACGGGAUGAUAGAAUGCAGCGUCUGCCAUUCGAAAUUGGUUUCACCAAAUACCAAACCUUUUUCAAGAGCUUAUGACCGACAUAAGAGCAGGGUAUCAUCAAAGCAACGUGCCCUCAAUGUGCUCUUGGUUGCUGGUGAUUGCAUCCUAGUCGGUUUACAGCCUAUUUUGGUGUACAUGUCCAAGGUGGAUGGGAAAUUCAUGUUUAGCCCAGUUAGUGUCAACUUCUUGACAGAAGCUGCAAAGGCUCUAUUUGCGAUUGUUAUGCUUUUGUUCCAGGCAAAGCAUCAGAAAGUUGGAGAGAAGCCUCUUCUCUCAUUUUCUACAUUUGUACAGGUACUAUUUUUCACUAUUUUCAAAUUUUGAUUUAACUUGGAAUUA